AUGUUUUCUUUGUAAGAUACUAGAAAAUUACAUAAUUUUGGGUCAAUAUUUUUUAGUCAUUAAGUAGUCACCCAAAUUAUGUAUGUGAACUUGCUAGUUUGAAUUAAUAUGAUGGAUACAAACACAUAUAUAUAUAGAUAUAUGUGUAUAUAUAUAUAUUUACAGGAUUCAAAAGCAGCAAUUAAAUGCUUUAUAUAUAUAAUGGAUAAUGGUGGUAUUUUAAGACAAUAGAAAGCACUCCAGCUUCUCUAAAUCAGCUUAUGUUAUUUUUUAAUCCAUGAAGUACCCAAAUGUAUUGCAUUUUUAAGUCAUACAACACAUCUGUUUUCAGAAGAGAUGCUUUAAUGUGGAACAGGAUACUUUGCAGUGCUUCUCAUCAACAUGCUUUGUGUCCUGCAGCUUGAAGUGUUGGAAGGUUUUAGUUUGGCCAGUGAUAUCAUGGAAGGUUCUGUGACAGCAUUACUAUAGGGUCAAAACUCAAAUAGUUUUUAAUUGAUUCUUCCUUGGAUCAUAUAAUAUCUGUUUUGGAAGCAAAUCUGCCUCCUCUAGGUGUCAUGAAAUGUAGAAUAUCAGUAGUUCCAGCAUUAAGCUAUCUUCAUAUUACAGCAGGUUUAAUGAACAAAAUUCUUGUCUGAACUAUUUGUCAGCAGCCACUUUUGUGGGUUUUGAACCAACAAUUCCUAAAUAGUAAUAACAUUUUCUAUUUAUUUCAGGUUUUUAAGAAGAUUCCCAUUGAAUCUGCUAAGAAAAUUGGUUCUAGACAGUCACUUCUGUCUGAGAUUAUGAAAGAAAAGGAAGAAUAUCUUCUACAAAUUGUUUCUGAUGCAGCUGAGAAAAAUGCAGACCCUUAAAAAGGAGCACGGACCUGUUGACACAAGUAGCAAUGUGGACAAAAUCAUGGUACUGAAGUCGACCUUAGCAGAAGUAUCUGAAGAAUUGUCUACAAAUGAAGAUAUACUACUUACUGAAGCAAGUAGUGGAAAGAGCAAAUCUUCAGCUUGCCGGAGAAAGCGAGAAUUCAUUCCAGAUGAAAAGAAAGAUGCUAUGUAUUGGGAGAAAAGGCGGAAAAAUAAUGAAGCUGCCAAAAGAUCUCGUGAAAAACGACGUCUGAAUGACCUUGUCUUAGAGAACAAACUAAUUGCACUGGGAGAAGAGAAUGCCACUUUGAAGGCAGAGCUGCUUUCACUGAAGUUAAAGUUUGGUUUAAUUAGUUCUGCGGCCUAUGCCCAAGAGAUACAGAAACUCAGUAGCUCAACAACUGUGUAUUUUCAAGAUUAUCAGAGUUCCAAAUCAAAUAUUAACUCAUUUGUAGAUGAACAUGAACCAUCUAUAGUUGGUAGCAGUUGUAUUUCUGUCAUUAAACAUUCUCCUCAAAGCUCAAUGUCUGAUGUAUCUGAAACAUCAACUGUAGAGCAUACCCAACCAAGUCGUAUACAAAGCAACUGUAGAAGUCCUGAAAAUAAGUUCCAGAUUAUAAAGCAGGAGCCCAUGGAAAUAGAGAGAGAGCCAAGAGAUGACAGAGGUUCAUAUAAAGCAUCCAUAUAUCCAAACUACAUGGGAGCUACCUUUAAUGUGUACUCACAUUCUCCUCCUCUCUUGCAAGUUAAUAGGUCCUCCAGUAAUUCCCCAAGAACGUCAGAAACUGAUGAUGGUGUAGUUGGAAAGUCAUCUGAUGGAGAAGAUGAACAGCAGGUUCCUAAGGGUCCAAUUCAUUCCCCAGUUGAACAUAAAAAUGUUCAUGCAACAGUUAAAGUUCCAGAAGUGAAUUCUUCAGCUUUGCCUCACAAGCUUCGAAUCAAAGCCAAAGCCAUGCAAGUUAAAGUGGAAGCAAUGGAUAAUGACUAUGAUGCAACGCAGAAGUUGUCGUCACCCAUUGACAUGUCCUCCAAAAGACAUUUUGAGCUUGAAAAACAUGGUGCGCAAAACUUGGUGCAUUCUUCUCACACUCCUUUCUCGGUUCAAGUGACUAAUAUCCAAGACUGGUCACUUAAACCAGAACUCUGGCAUCAGAAGGACCUCAACGUUAAAAUUCAGAGUGGUUGCAAAACUGGAGUUGUUGAAAUAAAAGACAAUAUCUACAAUGUCUCUGAGUCAGAGAACCUCUAUUUGAAGCAGGGCAUAGCAAACUUAUCUGCAGAGGUUGCUUCACUUAAAAGACUUAUAACUACACAAAUCUCUGCAUCAGACUCUGGUUAAUUUACUACUGAAAAAAAAAAAGGCUUAUUGUUUCAGAGGAUGUCAUUUGCAGUAGAUCAAUAUGUUUUGUAUGAUGCUGAAUUUUCACUGGACUUGUGAUGUCAUUUCACUGUAAUGUUCACAUAAUGUCUGAUUGGUGUCUUUUUGUGCACAAAUUAUUAUGAAGACUAGGUUGUGCUAUGAUCACUAUGCCUUGAGUAUAGUCAAGUAGCCUGUACAAAGGCUGUAUAUAGUGGACUUUAAUUUCUUUUUGUUCUACUACAAAGUGUGCAAGUUACCAGUUACAAUAAAAUAUUGGUGACAAACAUAGAACAUCUACUCCAGUUCAGUUGAUUUUAUGAACUUGUAAAUAAGUUGUUAAUUAAAAGCUGGGUUUUUUCUUACACUGUGCUCAACUUCACUUAUGUUUUUGGUUUUAAUAGCCUAACAACCAAAUUACAAUUUACAACAUGUGUGAUUCUUCUGGCCACCUUUUUCCUUAACAUGUUUUUUAGAAGAGAAGUAAAGUGAAUAUUUAUAAAUGAAACAGUACCAAUUUAUAGCCUUAGCCUUCUUUAACUUAUUUCUUAGUAGAAAUUAACCAAACCCCUUGCAAAUUCUAACCCAGUAACUAAUAUCAACAACCUUUUUUUUUCUCCUUCAAUCUCAAACGAGACAGUACUGAGUUUCCUGAAUGUUUUAGUGUGACAAACAAUUUUUCAAUAUUAUAACUUGGUGUUUUAGGUGAAAUUAGUUAAGUCAGAUUUGUGCAUCUGCAAGGUUUUCAGAGCCUUGCAGUGACAGAAUUGGAUGGCACCAUCUCUGCCAAGGGGUGGCUUGUGUCUGCAAGGGGUGCAGGCCUGGAAAGUCAACCCCUCUUGCAUACCAGCAUUCUGUCUGUGGCAGACCAUGGGCCACCUGUACAUGAAAUAGAAAGGCUACUGGAUCUGUAAACUCUGAGCUCAGCUAGGUAAAUACUUACAUAAAGGCUAGGCAAUAGCAGUUGCAGAGUUAAAGGAGAUCAUCUGCUAUUUUAGUUCCCAGAAUGGGACAUAAUGCAAUUAUGCAUGAAGUAAGUCUUGCCAGCAAUUUGUCCCUGGUUUCAAUGGCUUAAUUAACUGAACUGGAAUACCUUGGCUUGCUAAAGGGCAUUUUGCAAGAACUUCUCAAAUGUAAAAUAGAGACUGUGUGAAGAACUGCACAAUCUAGACACUGCUAGCCCCUUACAACUUAUGCAGAUGAUGAGUUCUUCACUUGAUGACUGGACAAGGCUGUGGUGCUCUUUGUCAUUCAGAAGAGCCAUUGAACCAUGGAGUUUAGAAUUGUAUCACAUAUCCUUGGUUUGGCUUACCAAAAUCUUUCAUUUUAAAACUAAAAAUAAUUUACAAAUAGAGCAUAAACUUGGCAGAGGUUCUUUUCAUGACACUUCCCCCUUCUUUUAACAUACUAAUAAAUCAGACUAACAAAUAAGCUUUUUCUGAAAAGGCUUUUUAUUAAUUGCCAUACUGUAUAAUGAACUGAACCUUUCCAUAGGCUUAAAAUACUAAUUAACAAAACAAUAUGUAGGUAUUGUUUUUUUAAAUUAAUACUUGACUUGAGUGAGAAGAAGUUUGUCAAUUUUUUGGGGAUAUGAAGAGGAGUCUGAGUCACUCCUGAUAGCUCUGAAGCUUGGUCCAGCAGUCAAGGCAAUGGCAGAACUCCCUGAUGUCAGUAAGGACAGGAUUUGAUUCUGUGCCUUUUCAGGAGCUGAUGAUUCAGUUGUGUUCUGGGAGGACCUUCGCACAGAAAUCACUGGUACUUUCUGAGCUUUUUUGAGCCUUCUAACUGCUGUGCUGUAUUUGUGGCAUUCAGAGUUGAUAAACUGCUAUUCUUUUUUCAUGCCUUAAUAAUACAAUAGACCCCAUAGCUGGGCUCUGUAUGUAUUUGGUAAUUAACAUAGAUGACAUUUCAAUGUUACUGAAAAUAAGCUCAGGAUUAUUGCAUGAAAUGUAAAAAUUUGCAUUGAAUGAUGGGGAUAUGAGACAUGAGGCAGUGAUUGCUACUGUCUCCUUGCUUGCUAAGUAUCUUCUGUAAGCAACAAUAAAAUUCUUUAAAUAUUUUGCAUAUUAUUUAUCACAUGUAAUGUGUUCAAGGAGAGGACUUAAAACUCUCAGUGUUGCCAUCAGUGUAAGCCUAGAUCUAUUGGGUUUUUUUCCAUUUCUUGUUAGAAUUGUUUGUCAUAAUGGAAGAAUGUUGUCCUCUUUCUAGCUCAUUAUAUAUUUUGUGUAUCUGUUUUGUGCAAUUAAUACUUAACAGUAAUGAUGUAGUUAAUUUGUUGAAGGAUGUCAUUGCAAGGAAGUUAUAGCAUGGAGCUUAGGAGCACAAUCAGAUGUUAUUUAUACUCCCUUUAUACCUUAGUGUUAUGCUUCAUUUGAAGAAAGAAAUAAAUAAUUUGUCUUUUGUUCAAAACCAGA